GUGGGUGGGGGAGGCGGAGAGCAGCGAUUCACCUGGGCGACGUGGCAGCCAUUCCCUACUCUCCGAGACCCCUCCCCAUUCGGCCGCCCACCCGCCCUCUCGCGGCUGGUUGCUGCGAGGCUGCUCUUCCCCGGCCGGACGGAGAGCGGCAGUGUCUCCCCGCCGGGCGCCCGCCGUGCGUCUCCCCCGCGCGGCCGCCGCUGCUCGCCAGCCCUGCGCCGUGCUGGAGAGCGCAGUGGCGGCGGCGGGAAAGGGCUGCGGAAUCGCGGCGCUGCGUCUCACACUCGACGACGCGGCCUCGGCCUCGACGCCCUCCGCCCGUUCCCGGAGCAGAUAUUUUAUUCAUGGGAAAGAGAUGCCCUGUAUUAUGGACCUGAGUAUUCCAGGUACCGAAAUGUAAGAAGACAUUACGUGGAUAACAGGAAGAGCUGUAGAGUUUGCAGGUGUCAGCUGUGGCCUUAAUAAGCACAUUGAUAGCAUCAGUGAUAGACAGAUGGGAACAUAAUUUGGGUGCUUACUAGGUGCCAGUCCUUGUGCACAGCCCUUUUUCAUGGAUUAUCUCAUUUAAUCCUCACAACAACACUAUGAGUUGAAAAUGCCAUGGAUUGUCUAUUAGAAUUAUCAGCCACUGACGCUAAAAUAGAAGAAUCGCCUUCAAAAAGCUUCGUUGCUUCUGAGAACCAAGUAGAUGCAGUGGGAUGUGAAAUAAUGGAAAAGUGUCCUCCUGAAGAAGAGAAUGAAGAUUCAAAAAUGGAUUCAUUUUUGGACAUGCAGCUAACUGAAGACUUAGAUUCCUUAAUACAGAAUGCUUUUGAGAAAUUGAACUCUUCUCCUGAUGACCAUGCAUACUCAUUUUUGACUUUGCAAGAUGUUAAUAAUCUUAGUAACCCGAGUGCAUUUAUAAAUUCAGAUUCAAGUAGUACGACUCCCAUUCUUUCUACCCAAAAUAUGGAUUUGAACAGUGAAAAUGUAGAGAGUUCUGCCUCUACAUUAAGUUCAAAUUCCUUAACUUCACAUUCACUUUCAAAUGAGUCCAAAAGUUUUACAAAGGAUAACACAUUGGCAUUGGAAGAUUCUCUUCUCAGUAGUUCUUUAAAUGUAGCAAAUGACACUACGAUGGAUUGUAGUAACCAAAUUCAGAAAGAGCUUUUAGAAUCUGUGUGUGUUGAGACUCAGUUCUCUCAAGCCCCUGUAGAUUUGGAUGCCAACGAACUUCAGGCGCCUUUAAACCUUACUGUGCAAAAUCUGGGGCUUGGUUUACUAGGUACAGGUGGAGAUCAGAAAUCUUCUGUCCCUGAUGUUUUUGUACCUUCUGAAGAAUUCAAUUUCCAGUCACACAAACAGACUGAACUGCCACCAAAGGGGAAGGAUGUGAACUACUGCCCAGUACUUACCCCUCUCCCUCUACUGCUGCCUCCUCCUCCCCCUCCACCAAUGUGGAAUCCAAUGAUUCCUGCUUUUGACCUCUUUCAAGGAAACCAUGGCUUUGUAGCUCCUGUUGUAACCACAGCUGCACACUGGAGACCUGUCAACUAUACAUUUCCACCCCCGGUUAUUUCUCAUACUUCCCCAACAAAGGUAUGGAGAAAUAAAGAGGGAACAAGUGCUUAUCAGGUACAAGAAACUCCAGCUUCUCAGGUUGUAAGAAAGAAGACAUCAUCUUAUGUUGGACUAGUUCUUGUUCUUCUCAGAGGGCUUCCGGGAUCAGGAAAAUCUUUUUUGGCAAGGACCUUGCAAGAGGAUAAUCCAAGUGGAGUCAUUCUUAGUACUGAUGAUUAUUUUUACAUAAAUGGACAAUACCAGUUUGAUGUAAAAUACUUAGGAGAAGCACAUGAAUGGAACCAGAAUCGUGCAAAAGAAGCAUUUGAGAAGAAGGUAUCUCCUAUAAUAAUAGAUAAUACAAAUCUACAGGCAUGGGAAAUGAAGCCAUAUGUUGCUUUGUCUCAAAAACAUAAAUAUAAAGUCCUUUUCCGGGAACCGGAUACCUGGUGGAAAUUCAAACCAAAGGAACUUGCAAGGCGUAAUAUUCAUGGGAUAAGCAAAGAAAAAAUAACAAGAAUGUUGGAACACUAUCAACGUUUUGUUUCAGUGCCCAUAAUCAUGAGUUCUUCAGUUCCAGAGAAAAUGGAACGUAUCGAGUUGUGUGCAUAUUCUUGUGACAGAAGUACUAGCCCAAGAGACAAUGAAGAUAUUGCCUCUGAAAAAGAAGAAAAUGUUUUAUCCUCGUCUCUGAAGCAUCCAGAGUUAAUUGAAGAGAAGAAACAUGAUGUGACCAAAGAAAAUUUGUUACCUGAGAAUGUUACAUGUCUCCCUAAUGCAGAUUUAAACAACGGAAAAAAAGAAAUAAGUGGUAUGAAUCCUAACAUUCAGAGUGCUUUCAUUCACGAAGCUCCAGACAUUUAUUUUUCUGAUUCUGAAAGCAAAGAACGAGCAACAGACAAACGUGAAAAAGAAGAGCCAGUAGAAAUGGCUCCUGAAAAAGAGUGUAGUAAAACCAGUGCAGAUAGUUUUGUAGAGAGAAUAUCACCAAGUAUUUGCUGUGGUGGAAAUAAUCAAGAAGACUGUGGUCUUUCAAAUACUGUACCACUUCAAAAUGAAAAAUCUUCAUCUAGUGAAACGCUGGAAGAAAGAGCAGGAGUAAAGAAAAAAGCCUUUGGAAAACAAAAAAGCAAAUCAACUUCGGAAAAGUUCCCAAGACAAGAGCUGUCUUUUGUUGGUGACUGGCCAGUUGAUAAGUCUAUUGGUCAGAGGACAAAAAGGAGCCGAAAAACUGAGAAAGCUUUAUCUAUACACAGUGACAAAAAGUAUAAUUGCCCUCAGUCACAUAAAGUAUUAGACAGUAGUUUAUCUGUGAGUAUAGAUUGUAUCCAGCCACGAGGAUCUCCACAUGAAAACGUAGAGGAUGACAGCAAGUCACAGUGUGAUGAUGCCUCAGAAUCUUUCAAUAGCUGUAAAUAUGGUACUUAUAAAAAUACUGAAAAAGACUCAUUUAACAUUGUGGGUGACUGGCCUUCAUCUGAUUCUUUAGCUCAGAGAGAGCACAGAUCAAGAAUGCCAAAGGCUGGCUUAAAUGAACCCAACCUAGAAUUUGGAACUAACAACACUAUGAAUGAAAUGUCCUUAUAUACAGCACGUGAGGCCUGUUGGGGCACAAGUCCUGAAGAACUAAAAACGUUGGGUAGUUCUACUCGAGCAAGUUCUGAAAUGCUGCCCAAUGAAAUGACCUGUGAGAAUAAAACUUGUCCAAGUAAAAAGAUUCAUAGGCAACACACAUUGUCUCUUACUUUUACCAAUAGUGUGCCAACUGCUCCUGGAGGAGUGGGACCACAAACUUUAGCUGAAUUUCAAGAAGAAAAGACUAAAGAAGUCCCUGGAAUAGAAGUAGGCAAGUGUACUCAGACUGAACCACAGGAUUUUGCUCUCUUAUGGAAAAUAGAAAAGAAUAAAAUUAGUGUUUCAGAUUCUCUGAGAGUAUUAACAGGAAGAUUAGAUGGAUUUAAACCAAAAGCUCUCAAUAUUAACACAAAAUUAGAUGUUCAAGAAACAAUUCCAUAUAGGGUAAUGUAUGACAAAAGCACAUAUGUUGAAGAAAGUGAGCUUACCAGUGCUGAUGAAUCUGAAAAUCUUAACAUUCUUUGUAAACUAUUUGGAUCGUUUUCAUUAGAAGCCCUAAAAGACCUAUAUGAGAGGUGUAACAAAGAUAUUAUUUGGGCCACGAGCCUUUUAUUGGAUUCUGAAACUAAAUUAUGUGAGGAUACUGAAUUUGAGAAUAUAGAAAAGUCAUAUGAUGAAACACAAAUUGGGCCAUUUUCUCUGGGACUGAAUUUGAAGGAAAUUAUUAGCCAAAGAGGAAGCUUAGAGGAGUCUAAUUCUUCUGUGCCAGAAUUUAGCCAUGGAAUUGGUAUCAGUAACACUAAUGUACAGUCCACCUGUAAUUCAGAAAAGGAAAGCUUAGAGCAGGCAGAAAUAAGAGCUGUAACUACUGAAAAACCUGGAUUAAUAACAGGUAUACUUCCUAAUGUAGAUCUCAAGAAUAAUAAUGAAGUACUUCCUAAUAGUCAGGCAGAACUUUCAGGUUUAUAUAAUGUUAAGCAGCUUUUUCCAGGCACUCUAAAAGCUACUACCACUAAAAAUGUGAGUGAAAUGGAGAAGAAUCCAGAAGUCACUGAGAUUGGAGACAGUAUAAAUUCUUCUUUGAAUUUGUCUGAUAUUUUAAAUUCUGUAUUGAGCACUUCAGAUCUUGAAUUACAUGAAGAAAUUUAUUUUACUGACUCUUUUGACAUAAAUAAAAGUGAAAAUCUUCCAAAGGAUUAUGUGAAAUUUCCAAACACAGAAGAAUUUAUGAAUGAAGAUGAACAGGAAGUGGAAAAAAUUCUAAUGGCAGGGAGUGCUUUGUCAGCUGAGGUUACUGAAGAAGAUAAAACUGAGACGUUGAAUCCCACGCCAGUGAUGGCCAAAUCGCUGACCAUAGACUGUCUGGAAUUGGCAUUGCCCCCUGAACUGGCUUUUCAGCUCAAUGAAUUAUUUGGCCCUGUUGGUAUUGAUUCAGGGUCCCUAACAGUUGAGGACUGUGUGGUUCAUAUAGAUCUGAAUCUGGCUAAAGUGAUUCAUGAAAAAUGGAAAGAAUCUGUAAUGGAGCGACAAAGACAAGAAGAGGUAUCCUGUGGCAAAUUAAUGCAAGAUCCUUCCCUGGUUGGGCGUGUUGGUCUUGAUAAUCCAGAACAAAAAUCAUCUCAGAGAACGGGCAAAAAAUUACUGAAGACUUUAGCAGCACCUGAAAUGCAACCCUUAUUGGAUCAUUGGAACACUCAUACUAAAAAAGUAUCACUCAGAGAAAUAAUGUCAGAAGAAAUUGCCUUACAGGAAAAGCAUGAUUUGAGAAGGGAGCCGCUUAUAUUUGAAAAAGAUUGUGCCACUAAACUAAAGGAGAAGCAGCUCUUUAAGAUAUUUCCAGCCAUUAACCAAAAUUUUCUGGUGGACAUUUUCAAGGACCACAACUAUUCGUUAGAACACACAGUGCAAUUUCUAAAUUGUGUUCUUGAAGGAGACCCUGUAAAAACAGUGGUAGCACAAGAGUUUGUUCACCAAAAUGAGAAUGUCACUUCUCAUACUGCACAGAAGUCUAAGGAGAAAAAGGCAAAGAAAUUGAAAGAGACUGAAGAUAUACCAAGCGAACCAUCUUUCCAGGAUUUUGAGUACCCAGAGUAUGAUGACUACAGGGCAGAGGCUUUCCUGCACCAGCAGAAGAGGAUGGAAUGCUAUAGCAAGGCAAAGGAAGCUUAUCGGAUGGGGAAGAAAAAUGUUGCCACGUUUUAUGCCCAACAAGGUAGUCUUCAUGAGCAGAAGAUGAAAGAAGCCAAUCACCUUGCUGCUGUGGAGAUCUUUGAGAAAGUCAAUGCCUCCCUGCUGCCACAGAAUGUUUUAGACCUCCAUGGGCUGCAUGUGGAUGAGGCUAUAGAACAUUUGAUGACAGUUUUACAGGAGAAAACUGAAGAAUUUAAGCAGAAUGGUGGUAAGCCCUAUCUUUCUGUGAUUACGGGGAGAGGAAACCACAGCCAGGGAGGAGUUGCUCGCAUCAAACCAGCUGUCAUUAAAUACCUCACAAGCCAUAGCUUCAGGUUCUCUGAAAUUAAACCAGGGUGCUUGAAAGUCAUGCUAAAGUAAAAUAAAUGUCCUUGACUUAAAAGUGUGAAGGUUUGUAGGUUAAAAUUAGUUUUAUUUGCAGUAAUUUAGUCAACUGUACUGUAAAUGUGUGUUUUAUUAGAAGUAAUGUCCAGUUAUAAAACAGAAAAACACUAUGUUUUUCAAAAUUCAAGAGAAGUUUAAUUUUUUACUGAAUCACAUGCCAAAUAUGUAGUCUAUUAAAAGUAUUAAAGAGAAUUUUUACUGAUUACAAAAUAUCUAAGAAAAUUAUCAGCUGCAGUUUUAAAGAUUGAAAUGCUCUGAUUCUUUCUCAGACAGAAAAUGUAACCUUUAUAUUAAUUGUUGUUUGACGUUUAGUAAAGUCUUAAAGGUUUCUAUGAGAAGUAUUUAAAGUGCUUUGAGACCUGGUUCAUAAUACAAGCCCUUCAAAAGCUUGCAUUUAAAAAAGAAGUACUGGGCUUCCUUGGUGGCGCAGUGGUUGAGAAUCUGCCUGCCAGUGUGGGGGACACAGGUUUGAGCCCUGGUCUGGGAGGGUCCCACAUGCCGCGGAGCGUCCGGGCCCGUGGGCCACAACUACUGAGCCUGCGUGUCUGGAGCCUGUGCUCCACAACAGGAGAGACCGCGAUGGUGAGAGGCCCGCGCACCACGAUGAAGAGUGGCCCCCGCUUGCCGCAAUUGGAGGAAGCCCUCGCACAGAAACGAAGACCCAACGCAGCCAAAGGUAAAUAAAUUAAUUUAAAAAAAAAAAAGUACUAGUACCAGUAGUAAUGAAAGAAAGGAGAUCUAACAAAAACACUUGAGUGCUUUUUGAUUUCAAAACAAUACAAAAAAAACAUUUUGGUGUAUCCUACAGGAAGGAAGACAUGCUGUUGCACUUUCUUCUGCUUUGUAUAUGAUCGUGAUCUCUUACCUUUUGUUCCUUUGUUCUGUGUGUGUACAUUUUCUAGGAGUAAAGUUGGAGUCUGAGAUUAUAUUGCAAUUUUAUACCUUCCAUAGGCAGGCAAGUUUUCAGAGAAGGAAAAAUGGUUAGGUAUCUACCAAGUGCUGCUGUCUUAUAAAACUGCUUCUAGUCUUACAGAACUGUCUGUGUAAGUGGUAUUGAAGACAGUACUAAAGAGCUAUAUUUUAUAUUUGAGGCAUGUAAUUUCUAAACUACAGUAGGUCAAAAUCCUAUUAACUUAAAUAGAUAUAGAAAACUUUUUUGAUAUAAUCAUAAAAGAAAUUUUUACAAUUUAAAAGUUUUUUACCUUUAUUUUUAAAAAGAACCAACUUUCUGAAAGGAAACUUUCAUUGACUUCUGUUUUUUGGUGAGCUAAAAAGUCCUGUUAGUAUGUCAGUUAUAAUUUCCUUUACACACAAGUUUAGUGUGGCGAAGUAUAAUUUUCCAAUGUGAGACACUGGCUUAAAUAAAUUUGACUUUGGAUAUGAAGGAUAUUUUCAACAUACGUAAUUUUAGCAAACAAUUGUAUUGUUUUUUGAUAAGCUUAAAAAUUAAUUGGAUCAGGAAUGAUACGAUUGAGCUAUUACUGAAAGAAUCCUGAAUUUCGGAAUGGUUUCCCAAAAGAACAGACAUUUUAAUGAAAAUAAAAUUCAAAAAAUGUUUUUAUAUAUCAUGAAAGCAUGCUUGUAAAAGAAGAGCCAUAUCAUUGAAUUUAUUUCUACAAAAAUAAAAAUAUAUGUUUAUUACUUAGAAAUAGUGACUGGUAUUGAAGUAUUAUUCACAUUUGUUAUGUUUGUGGUAAUUUGUUAAAAAAAAGAAAAGAAUGCCAACAGUUUGGCAUUAUGUUUUUUGUGAUGUCUAGAAGAAUUGUGUACAUUAAAAAUAAAGCAAUUCCUUUCAGCAACUUAUUAUAAAACUACAACUGUUAAUGAAAUAAAAUCUUUCUAUAUAUAAAUUGAUAUGAUUUAAGAAAUGUGAAUAACAAUACUAAAACCUAGAAUUAUUCUAGUGUGUGCAGCUGCAUACUCAUUUUCUGUGUUUUUAUAUUUCCUUACCCAGUUUUAAAAAAACAUCACUUUUGAGCACUUCAGCUAGACUUAUUUCAGUAUUAUUUAUUAUAAUUAUGAUUGAUGUGGGAGCAGUCAAAAAGAACAAGAGGUGGGGUAUUUUGUGGGCAGAAACCAAAUGAAAGAACCUAUGUUUUGUACUGUAUCAACUCUAAUUUUAUGCUUUAUUUGGUAAAUCUAGGGUAUUUCUUCUUAAUCAUCCAUAAAUAUAUAGGCAAAUUUUGAGCAUCAUAAAUGUUUUUAUGAAGUUGUUUAGUACCAAACUGCCUCCUACCCCACUAUGUAGCAUAGUUUAACCAACACAUAAUUAUGAAAGAAAAUUUUAUAAUUGCCCCUUUCUUGUUUUGCCUAUUUCUAAAUCCUGUAUGCCAAAGGUAAACAGAGUUUGAGGAUUAUCAAAUUUUUCUCUUUUACCCAUUUCUAAAUCCUGUGUGUCAAAACUAAUGAUAAUGUGGGGAUUAUCAAAGUUUUGAUGUAUGUAUUGGUAUAUUUGUGCUAAUAUAUGACUUACUAGAAUGGCUCUUUGCAAAGUUAUUAGUAUUUUAAAAGUAUAGGGCUUCCCUGGUGGCGCAGUGGUUGAGCGUUCGCCUGCCGAUUCAGGGGACACGGGUUCGUGCCCCGGUCCAGGAAGAUCCCACAUGCCGUGGAGCGGCUGGGCCCGUGAGCCAUGGCCGCUGAGCCUGCACGUCCGGACCUGUGCUCCGCAACGGGAGAGGCCACAACAGUGAGAGGCCCGCGUACCGCAAAAAAAAAAAAAAAAAAAAAAAAAUUAUAA